AUGCCAAGCGCUGGGGCUGUGUGUCCCCCUGUUAUAACUCCACUCCGGAAAGCUAUACCAGGCCUGUCAGGAAAUAAAAUUGAUACAUCAACAUUGAUUGAGUUAUGCACUGAAACAACAGAGUGUAAGAUUUUUUUCACCUCAGAUGGCACAAAGCCAAACCCAUUUCAGCGCAGAGUUGCUGGACGAGAGGUAACAUUCAAAUACAUUGGUCCCUUUACAUUGAAGCCUGGCAAGAGGACUAUCAAGGCUAUUGCGGUGGCAAGAGAUGGAUUGCGAGAGAGUGAUGUCAUGACCAAGCAGUUUAACGUAGAGGAUAUUGGUCGACUUACACAGCACCUGAAAGAUGACAGCACUACAACAGACGACUACUCUGGAUUUUUUGACACUUCAGACCAAGACAGCGAUUCAACCAUAAAACCAAAAACAAAGAAAAAAAUUAAUAGAAAAAAUAAAUCACCAGUUCGUGGAAAGUCUCCUCUUCGUAAAUCUCUCACAAAACCUCCAAGAGAAGCAUGGGCCAGUGAAGCGAUUCUGUCUGAUACUCUUGGUUCAGCAUCUGAUGGGCCAUAUUCAUCACAACCCAUACCAGAUGGUCCCUUCAAUCCCACAAACUAUGCUGGAACCCAGAUUAAUGUGUGGGGAGGGGCUAUUCCUACACAGAUCCCAGGAGUUGGGCCAAAUGUACCCCCAACCCUCUAUCCAACACAGUAUGGGUACCUUACUGAAAACAUGAUUAAUACCUGUAAUCCAGAUGGCAGAUAUGUAACUGUUGGUGAUAUCAAAAGAAUGGUUGGCAAUAAAAAGCCCCCUCAGGAGCCCCCUAAACCUGUGGAGCCCCCAGCCCCCAAACCUGCUAUUGAGUAUCCCAUUUAUCAGGAUCCCCCUCUGAACUCUGUCAGCCCUGGUAAAGGCGAUUUUAAAGACAACAUUGUGCACAUAUACGCACACAUGUUGGAGUAUGCUAAGAACAACAAAGACUUUCGACUUCCUGUUUCUGAACCACAGAUGGGGAAGAUGCUGGAGGCCAAGUUUGAAGAUGAAGGUGAUGGCUACAAAAUUACGGUUGUCAUGGCAAAACCCGGAAUUCCACGUGGCUCUGUGAGAAAGCAACCCAAGAUUGAGACUUUGAAGAAACCCCCACCCACAGAGAAAAACAAUGGCAAACCAAAGAAAAAAGAGAAAGAAAAGGAAAAACCUCCACCAGCACCUAAAAAAUCUGAUCCAUUCUUUGCCAUGGAGACAGAAGACUUACAGACUGAAGGAACAGUGAAGCCUUAUGAUAAGUUCAAUGCGGAACAAGAUGCAGAAGUAUUGAGGAAAGCAAUGAAAGGACUUGGAACUGAUGAGGAGGCUAUCACAAAUGUGCUUGCUUAUAGAUCUAAUCCACAACGACAAGAAGUUCGGACAACAUUCAAAACCAUGUUUGGAAAAGACUUAAUAGAGGAAUUAAAAAGUGAAUUAAGUGGUCAUUACCUGGACACAUGUAAAGCCUUGCUGAUGGCCCCAGCAGAGUAUGACGCCUACCAACUACACAAAGCCAUCAAAGGUCUUGGAACAGAUGAAGAUGUCCUUAUAGAAAUCCUGUGCACACGAUCAAACGCUCAAAUCAAAAUGAUCAAAGAAACCUACAAAGCAAAAUAUAACAAAGAAUUAGAAAAAGACAUCAUCGGCGAUACAUCAGGAAAUCUGAAGCGCCUCCUGGUGUCACAGGUUCAGGCAAAUCGUAGUGAGAGCAAAGAGGUUGAUCGUAACAAAGCUAAACAGGACGCCAAAGCACUAUAUGAGGCAGGUGAAAAGAAAUGGGGGACAGACGAAUCUCGCUUCAAUGUGAUCCUGGUAUCCCGCAGCUACCCACAGCUCCGAGCCACCUUCGAUGAAUAUGACAAGUUAUCUAAAAAGGACUUUGAGGAAGUGCUGAAGAGUGAAAUGUCAGGAGAUUUGCUCAGUGGCAUGAAAACUAUUGUACGAUGUGUUAGGAACAAAGCUGGCCACUUCGCUAGGCAGCUGCAGAAAACAAUGAAGGGCAUUGGUACUGAUGAUGAUACAUUAGUGCGGGUGGUCGUCAGUCGGUGCGAGAUUGAUAUGGUCCAGAUCAAAGAAGCAUUUGAAAGUCUGACAAGUCAAACCCUUCAGCAGUAUAUCGCUGAUGACCUGAGCUCAGAUUAUCGUGAUGUUAUCCUGUCUCUUGUCAUGGGAGGGCCACCACCAGACAAGGCCACCAAAUCUGGCAAGGGCUUUGUUGAAGCUGUGAAGUACAAAACAGAGGAAGAACUAGAUGAACAAGUGAGAAUGGAGUCAGAAAACAUUCAGGAAGAUCCAACACUAAAGCCAGCAGAAAAUUUUAAUGCUGAAAAUGAUGCUGAAGUUUUAAGGAAAGCUAUGAAAGGGUUUGGUACCGAUGAAAAAGCUAUUAUCAACGUGCUGGGUUUCAGGUCCAAUGAACAAAGAAUGGAGAUUGUAAAGACAUUUAAAACUAUGUUUGGAAAGGACUUGAUUAAGGAACUUGACAGUGAACUCAGUGGUGGGCUAAAGGUGUUGUGUCAUGGCCUCUGUAUGACCAGUCCAGAAUUUGAUGCUAUGAACCUGAAUAAGGCUAUCAAGGGUCUUGGUACAGAUGAGCAGGUGCUUGUGGAGAUUAUCUGUACUCGGUCUAAUUCACAGAUUCUGGCCUUCAAGGAAGCUUACAAAGCAAAAUAUGGAAAGGAACUGGAGAAAGAUGUCGCUGGCGACACAUCUGGAAACUUCAAACGCUUAUUGAUCAGCUCCCUCCAGGCAAACCGUGAUGAAAGUAAAGAGUUUGACCGCAAUAAAGCUAAGCAAGAUGCUCAAGCCUUACAUGAAGCUGGUGAGAAGAAAUGGGGAACAGACGAAUCCCGCUUCAAUGUGAUUUUGGUGUCUCGCUCCUAUGCACAGCUCCGUGCUACUUUCCAGGAAUAUGCCAAACUAGCCAACAAAGAUAUUGAGGACACACUGAAGAGCGAGAUGUCGGGUGAUCUUUUGAAGGGCAUGCUGGCUGUUGUUCGCUGUAUACGAAGCAAGCCAUCCCACUUUGCAGACGAGUUAUACAAAUCCAUGAAAGGUCUUGGGACAGAUGAUGACCGUUUGUGUCGAAUCCUUGUGUCACGAUGUGAAGUGGACAUGGUCCAAAUCAAGGAGUCCUUCCAGCAGGCCUACAAACAAACGCUCGGCAUGUUCAUUGCUGAUGAUGUGUCUGGUGAUUAUAAGGCCCUGAGUUUGGCCCUGAUUGGUGAAGGUUCAACCACUGAAAAAGACAAGACAGAGAAGAAAAGCAAAAAAGGAUGGUUUUAAAGGAGUCAGGAGAAGAGAGUAUGACCUUUUUAUUUCAAACACAUGAUUUUAUGGAACGAAAUGUCCA